AGCAGCAGCAGCAACAGCAUCGAACAAUCCAAGAACAUCAGCAACAACUGUCAGAACAAUAACUCCGAUUAUACUAACGGCACCUAUACAAGCGGCAAGCAGACGGAAUCCCGAAAAUCCCAGAGAUAUAAUAUUGAUGAUCCAGGAGCCAGCACGAGUACAGGCAACAACAUACGAGGCGGCGAAGGGACAGAAAAGCAACGUAAUAGCCGCUGGCGAGAGAAUCUACUCAACCAAUUGCAAUUGCUCAAAGAAGAGAACCGAGAGAAUAGUGCAUACGAGGGAUUCGCCUAUGUUGACGUCGACAUCGACAGGAACGACAACAACAACAAUACCGAUCGUUAUAAAUACGCAGCCCAAUCCAAGAAUCAUACUGAUCAAGGUGCCCACGCACAGCAGCAACAGCAACAGCAAGAGCAGCAGGGCAGAGCCGAGCGCGCCUCGAACUCGUCUUAUCAGAAUACCCUUUUUACCAGGGUCGGUACCAACAACGGCUUCAGUGAAACAUACUUUGCCUACGGUGAGCUCUUCAGUAAAUUAUACAACUUUGGCGACAGCAUCCCGUAUCGCGAGGCAAGCGAUCCCAUUGACUGGGACAAUAUACCCACCAUUACAGUGCUCGAGCAGCUCAGGUUCUCAAGUAAACCAGGUCGCGAACGGCCAGAUUCUAGGUCCGCCGACAACGACAGCGACAUCGGUGACGCAAACGGUCCAGGUUUCGAGCACGCCCCAGACACUGGCGUCAAUGGCUGGUAUACAGCUGACAGGUGCAGACAUGCAGUCCCACCGGGAUAUGAGUGGAGCAAUGCCUACUGCUACAGUUGAAGAGAUAGAUGUUCCGGUGUUCAUUGAUGAAUAUCUGGAAAAUAUAGAAGCAACGUCGUCGACGAGCAGCAGCAACAAAAGCGAGGAGAUUGGAAAAGAGAUUUGUACUGAGACGGAUAUAUUUGAUUUUGACUUUGAUAUAAACCUGAUUGCCGAGGAUCACAUUGAGCGCAAGGAAAUGGAUCAGUGCAAUCUGGACAUGGAUAGCAAUUACAGCGACAACAUUAACAGCGACAUCAACGGAAUGGAUGAACUUCAGUUUCAACUAUUGGGAGACGGCGAGGAGGAGGCACUUGACAUGGGCUCAAUGUGCAAUGGCAUCGAUAUCACAAGCAACCUGGGCGAAGAGCCCGACCUGGGCAACAUACUGACCAGCGCGGAGAAUCCCAUGCUGAGCAAUUUCUCGCAGGGCUCCAUGCUCUACUCAUCUAGCCAAACCAAAUGCAUCUACGAGCUGCCCAUGUUGGCUGAUGAGAACAGCAUGGAAAACUACUAUAACGCCAGCCAGCAGUCGCUCGGCUUCGGCCUCAGCCAGCUGGAUGGGGUCAGCGAGGAUGCCUGCAGUGCUGUGCUCGUCCAGGAUGCUCCUCCAUCCACCAUGUGUCCGGGCGUCAAGCGCACAGCCUCUGCGGCUGGUCUCGUGUCCGGCGUUGAGUCGAUGCCGCUCAAGCGCAGCAACCUCUUGCUUAACAUCAACAAAUCACAGAUCAGCUUUCCAGAUGUCAUCAACACGCCCGACAUCAUCGAGCAGGUGCUCAACUUUGACGAAACCAAUUCAGUCAGUAAUAAUGUCACCAACCAGGAUCUAAUUUAUGAGGAGCUGCGCAGCACAGAGGAUAACACCGCAUUCACCAUCCUGCCCGAUUUCUCAGCGCCAAAUACGCCGAAUAGCAAUUAUUCGGCCAGCACAUCGCGUUCGCAUGCAACCACCUGCCAGAUGGGCUUUGCUGGCCUCCUUACCGCGCCCGUGUCACCCGCCUUCUCCACUGCCAGCACAUCGCAGUUCAGUGUCUCAACAUCGACCACCGGCAACUCGAAGCGCAAGCGCGGUCGUCCCGCCAAGGAGCACGCCGAAGGCCCCGAUCCGGAGAAGAUGGCCCAAAUGUCAGAGGACGACGCAAAGUCGUACCUAGAUCGUCUUAAGAACAACGAGGCUAGCCGCGUCUCGCGCAAGAAGACCAAGGCGCGCGAGCUCGAGGAGAUGAAGGAGGAGCAGGACCUGCAAGCCGAACACGAUCAACUAACAUACACACUGCAGAUGGUCAUGCGGGAAGCCAGGCGUUACCAGGAAUACCUCAAGCGAAACUAUCAUAAGAAUAGCACCUAUGUCAAGCCCGAACCGGAGCACUGAGAUUCUCCUAGCCAUGCCAUGCCAUAGUCAAACUCUCGUACCUCUCGAGUGUUGCAUAUUGCGACGCAGAGCUCUAGUUGUUAAAUAAGUUGUAGUCAUCCAUUCUUAAGAAGGGAUUGUUGUCGUUGAAGAAGGAGUCGCUGUAAUGUGUGGCACAAAGCCACAAAAAAAAAUGAUGGAAAACUUUUAUUUUUUUUUGGUUACCAACUAAGUGAUUAUGCAUACUUACUUUCAAAGGCGUCACAUAGAAUGCGCGCACGGUUUUACAUAUUUUGUAUUAGUAUUUUAUUAUGUUUGCAAUUUGUCAAAUUUUAACCACAUGUUCUUUACACUUAUGUUAUAUAUAUAAUAAUUGUAAUCAAAAACAAAACGUAUCUUCAAGCUCGUAAUUAGCGACAAAAAGGAAAACAACAAAUUAUGAAGUAGCGAUUAAUUACAAUUACAUAUAUACUCCGUUUUAUCAAAAAAAAAAAAAAAAAACAAAAA